CAAACGCAAACAGUUUCAGUGUGGUGAACAUCAGCUCAUGCAGGAAUCUGGAGUUUCUACUUCACAGGCGUAAUGCACCUGCAGAAUGAAUGACCCUGGGCUGAUUCAGCAGUCACCGUGAAUGUUAAUAUUAUGGCAUAUUAUAGCAUCCCAGAAUAAAUGUGUGAGAAAAACAGAUGGACACAUGGAGUCCUAAAUAAACUAGUUUGGAUAUCCCUCUCACGCAGAACUACAAACAUUUCCAAGCUUUCCUAUUUCGACAACUAAUAACAAUGACAAUCAGAGCCCUGUGUUGGGUGGUUCUGGUGGCCUUCAUCGCACUGACUAUUUGUGGAAACAUACUGGUUUGUAUGGCCGUGGCCACCAGUCGCCGUCUGCACCAGCUUAGUAGCUGUUUUAUACUAUCCCUGGCCGUGACAGACCUACUUCUAGGUUUGCUAGUACUGCCACUUUCUGCCAUGCUGGAACUGCGCAAUGGGAAGUGGCCUCUUGGGGGUGUUUUCUGCAAUAUCUACAUCUCUCUGGAUGUAAUGCUGAGCAGUGCUUCGAUCCUGACUCUACUGGCCAUUAGUGUUGACCGCUACCUUGCCAUUUCUAACCCGCUCUUCUAUCCCAGGAGGGUCACACCUCGACGGGUGGCGAUCGCUCUGACUGUGAUCUGGACGUGCUCUCUAGCGGUGUCCUUUGUGUCUAUAAACCUAGGCUGGAACUCACCGGACUUCAGAGUGCAGAAUCUGGACUGGAGCAUGUGGGAUGAGGGAGAGGAAGGCAGGACCUGCCGCUACGAGUGGAAUAAUAAUUAUGUGCUGCUGAAAGCGUUUGGAAUCUUCUACCUCCCUCUGCUGGUCAUGUGUGGAAUGUACCAUCGCAUAUUCUGUGUUGCACGGGAGCAGGUGCGGCGUAUUCGGGCAGCCACUCCAUCCUCUGCACAGGCUGCACAUGCAGCUGCCACUGCACGAGAACACAAAGCCACAGUGACCCUCGCUGCAGUGCUUGGUGCUUUCAUCAUUUGCUGGUUCCCCUAUUUCACCUACUUCACAUACAUGGGAAUGUGGUCGAUUCACCCAAACAAACUGACCCACUCCAUUGUUCUUUGGUUGGGAUACCUCAACUCUGCACUGAAUCCCAUCCUUUAUCCAGCCUUAAACAGGGAUUUCCGUCAGGCGUGUGGACAGUUGCUCUGUAGGUGUGGGAAAAAGGGAGAUUUCAACACUUCCAGAAGAAAGACAUUCAUAGCUUUAGGUACCAUUAAAGUCCUUAAAGGCUCACUGGCCCACUAGAACUCAUUUUACACUGCAGGGAUUAUUACAACAUCCCAAAACAGCUAUGACUGAUCAAUGGCUAUGUCAGACUCAACAAUAGAACUUCAAAAUGAGAGAGAUUUUGUCCGCUCAAACUAUAUUUGGUGAAAAAACGCAACAUUAUUCUGAUAAUACUAUU